GAUUGAUAAUAGAUUAUGUUAGGCUGGACAUUGUCCAUUUAACAUAAAUAAUUAUCUGAAUUAAUUGAUAUCCAGACAAACAGACAUUUAUUAUUAUUUUUUUUUUUUUAAAUACAAAACAAUCGCUUUAAUUAGCAAUUAUGACACCAAUAUUAUAAAAUAGUUUAUGAUUAGUGUUCGUAAAUCAGAGUUAUCUCUGCUUAGUGCUCUAGUAGGAGCUCGGCUGAAUCUUUGACAAAUACCACGGGAUGUCAUGAUACUUGUAAAGAAAGAAGCAAUACAUCUAACAAAUGAAGCAGUAUAUAAACAUAUGAAGACUGUUUAUGAAAUUUUUGACACGGAUUUAUCUUUUGAACACAAGAUGAUUGUUUGGUUGCUAUGUGAGUUGUCAAAUACGCAAAUCUCAAAUGAAUAACAUCCUUUUAUUAUUACAUAUUAAUAAUUUUGAUAUGUAACUUUAAUGAUAUCCUUUUUAUAGUAGAUUUUAUUGUUUAGAAAGUAUGUUCUUUCGGAUAAAUUUUAUACAACUAUGACGCUACAGAGACGUGCAUAUGCUCCAAUUAAACAAAUUGUCGAAUUAAAUUAAAUUGUCGAAGAGGAGUGCAAGAAAUGUCUCACUACAUGAAAGCCACGCGAAAACACUUCUCUAAAAAUGUUCAUGAAUUCAUUAUACGGCCACUGUUGAAACAGAGAGAGACUGGAGAAUUAUGUGAUGUUGUCCUCAAAUUACACGGUCAGUGUUUUCAAGCCCAUAGGGCUAUUCUUGCCCUAUGGAGUCCUUAUUUUUUAUCUAUGUUUACUUGCGACAUGAAAGAGAAGACAACCAGAGAGGUAGACCUCUCCGAGUCGCUUUCAUUGCAGAGAGACAGUGUAUUUGCAAGCGUCCUCGACUAUAUAUACACUGGGACAAUUGCCCUCACAUUGGAUAAUGUCGAGGAUGUCCUUCGCAUUGCCGAUUUCCUUUUAUUGGACGAUGUCAAAGACUUCUGCCGACAGUUCUAUUUGGAUCUCGGUAAUCUCGAUUUAAACAAUUGCCUGCGCGUUCGAUUCCUAGCAGAAGACCAUAGCCUACACGAAGUGAAAGAAUAUUGUCAAAAAAUAAUUGAAGCGCGAUUCCAUGACUAUUUGAUAUUUCACGAUGACAUCCUCGAACUGUCUGUGUCUUGCUUACUAGUUUUAUUAGAAAACCCGUCUGUUGUACAACAUACUCGGCACAAAGACCUUAAGAAAUUGAUUCAUCGUUGGGUUGAAUAUGAGCCCGACGGGCGUAAGCAAUUUCUAGAAGAAUUAAAUUUGUGCAUCAAAGUUUGGGUAUGCGAUCUGAUAAACGAAGCACCUUUCUUUGGCCGGGCUCUUGCCAGAACUGGGAUGGCUAGCCUGUGGCAUUCAUACCACGGGUCUUCCGAAGAAAUUCCGUCGAAUAAAACAAUGGAAGCCAGUGCUAUUUUUUCCGAAAACACUUCACAUGGAUUUGAACAUAGUCAGCAGGUGUUACUUGCUGUAGUGUGGAAUCAAGGUAUGAAGUUUUUUAAGCUUAUAGUUUACAACAUUUCUGAGCAGAAGUGGUACUGCAUGCCAAUUCCAAAAGAACGUUUGCUGCAACUCAUCCCGCCACGGCAGUCCUUAUGCAAUGUCCUGCUGAACAAAAGUCAAUUAUAUCUUUAUCUAUGUUCUAGUUUCCCCUAUCCUACUGAUAUGCUUAAAAUUAAUGUGAUUGCCAUAGAUUUACAAACCCAAAAAACCACUUUGUACUCUUUUAGAACUGUCGACUACUAUAACCCAAGUUAUAGAACAACAUUGACAAACUAUCGAACGGUACCUCCUGCCAUAGUUUACUGCAACAAUCAUUUCUUUGUCAUUGGAAAUAAAGAAGGUACCGGACACCUUUUCCUUUGUAACUUGCAAACGCAUCUUUAUUCAUGUUAUCAUAUACCGAGUUCCAGGAUUAUUAGUUUGGCACGAGCUGUAGUGAAAAACAACCAAUUCAUUUAUCUUUGGUACCGUCACCGAACGGGUCCAUCCGAGGAAUUUUGCAUCAAGAAAUCUGUUGGCUUUGCAAUGUUCGAUGCGAAGAUGAAACAAUUUUCUAGCUGGGAUAUUCCUGCACCCGAUAUCACUUAUGAUGAUUUUGCAAGGCCUUACAUCAUGUGUAUUAGAGAAGAUACAGUGUUCGUGUACCUUCCUGGAAAACCGGCCCUGGUGUUAGAUGAAACUAGGGGCAAAUGGGUAACUUCACUUCGACGGAUUCCUGUGCCGGGUUCGUUUUCUGAUCAUAAUGCUCAGCUUUACGGAUAUCAAUUGCAAGCUUCUACCAGUCAUAGUAUAUUUGUGUUGAACAAUGAAGCUCCAUAUACCACAACAAUUUACGAAGUAUCUGAAACUCUCCCCAUGGCAUUGGCUCACACUCCACCUCCAAUUGACCAUGUUUCUAUGGUAACAUCAGGAUUAUUAUCAUCAAGUAUCCUUGAUUUGUUAGAAAGUUAUGACACAUACGACGAUUCUUAUGCGACGGCCUUGCAUGUUAAUAUGCAGGUGUCAGUGUGUGAUACAGAGGACAGCGGGACUUCUAAUGAUGAAGAACAAGAUUCGGACAAUAAUGAUUACGAAUAUGAUGAAGACUUUUAUGGUUACAAUUUCGAGAUGGAUACUGGCUUGGAGUUCUGACAUUUAGCACCAUUCGGUUCAUCCAUAGACAUGUGUUACUGAGGACUUUCUUUUUUUCUUUCUCUCAUUUAAGAUCUGUUUCGUUUCAUGGUUUAUUUUGCAAGUAAACACCUCUUAAACUGUAAGUUCUAACAUUAACAUGUAUUAUUUAAACUUUUUUUCUGGCAGUCAUUCCAAAACAAUUUUUUUUUGUCAAUACAAAUAUUUAAUUUUUUUAAUUUUUAUUUUCACAAAAUUAUUCUUAUUUAAUAUUUAUAUUAUUUAAUAUUUAUAUUUAAUAUUUAUAUUUAAUAUUUAAUAUUUAAUAUUUAUAUUUAUAUUUAAUAUUUACAAAGAUUGAAAUGGAAAAUUAGAUUUUCUUACAGGUGAAAGAGUAGACUCUUUGCAAAAUGUAAGAUUUUCUGAAAUAAUUAAUUUUUACUUAAUUGUAUUUAAUUACCAAUUUAUCGGUCGUAACUUCAUUAUGUAAAUGUCUAUAUAACUUCCCGCCGCUCUGUUAUUUCAAUGUAUAGUUUAUGAAAUGAUGCUACGGUGUUGUUUUACAUAUCACAAACCCAAAGAUUAUUACGAUGAAAUAACAACUGUACUUUAAUUAUUUUAUCGCGGAUUGCUCAAAUGUUUUUGUAUCGAUUACAGUAAUUUUUUUUUAUUUAUGUAAACAAUUUAGAUUUUUUUUUUUAAACAAAAGACUUUAAUGGAGAACAGAGAUUCAUUUAUGCUUGGCGAGAGGCUUUUUCUCUUCAGCCAUCGUAGUAUGAAUUAACAGAUUAAUUAAAUAGAAAAAAAAGCAAAAUAUUUAACCGGUUCUCUUACUUAAAGAAUAUAUGUACUUAUAUAUUAGCAGAACAAGACAUACGAAUAAUGCAGAACCGAUUAUAGACCAGGACGAUUAUAACGAAGAAGGGUUUUCAUCAAAAUAAAAAUCAAUAAAGCGAAAAUGAAAGUGGAGGUGAAAAGCAGAAUUAGGAGGCGAUUACAUAUGAGUUAAACGGUGAUAGCGUAAUUAGGGAAUAUUAUAUAUGAUAUAUGACCAUCAUCUCCUUUUUAAUAUCCAUGUUCCACGUUGGCAUCGAUUUGACGGUUUGACAAAAUCCUGUGGGUCUAAGGGCUGCAUUGUGCCUUGGUGUCUACUCAGGCAUUGUUUCUACAUAUGGAUGGCCCUUCCUAACAACAACCACUUCACAAUGUUUGAAGUCACCGUGCAGGUUGCAAGAUUACAAACCCUGAGGGGACAAGGGAUUAAAGUGCAGGAGAAGUGAGGGGUAGAACAGGUUCUUGUAGAGGGACUGCAUGGUUACUCAGAUUUAGUUGGAGGAGGGAAUAAUCAAUAGGAACUGCAAAGAGAUAGUUGAGUUGAGGUGUCCAGGUGGGCCUUCAAGGCAAAAGGUGAGUAGAUGGGAGUGGGUUGUAAGAUUGCAUGGGCAGCAAGAGAAGAAUAUAAUAUAAUAAAAUAAGUACCAGUUGAACACUGGGGUCGAUGCAGUCGACUUACUCCCUUCCCUGAAAUUGCUGGCCUUGUGCCAAAAUUUGAAAUCAGUAUUGUUCUGGAGUUGAUCCAAUCAGUUGCACACCCUCCUUACAAUUUGUGGAUUAGAACCAAUGUAAGAAUUCAAUAUUUUAUUCAGAAUUGAAAUUUAGUUUAAAGAGGAAGAAGAACUCAUUUAUUAGAACAUUAGAAUUAUAAUGUUAUGGUUUAAACUAUGGUCUUAGAAUUGCAUCUAAAAAGCAAAGCUUUAUAUGUUGUUUUGAACUCUGGAAAAAUGGCUUUAUUGUAAGAAUUAGCUUCAUGCCUUAUAUGUUUUUCAUCAUCAGGUGUUGUGUUCUCAUUUAAGUAUUAUGAAAAGAGAUCUGUUUUUUUUUAUCUGUUACAAACCACUUAUAGAUGAGACCAGUCUGAAAUAAUCCCAUCAUAAGCUGUCAUGAAUAAAAGCUGAAAGGACCAGUAAUCAUUUUUGGUUUCUAUUUUAUUAACCUUUAGCAUGCUGUAGGUGCAUCAUGUUGCCAUAUAAGUUUUGUCCCUUCUCAAUGUGACACAAUGCAGCUGCAGCAGCAAUAACUCAUACGGUGACAUGAUGCACCAAAGUGUGCUAAAAGUUAAAAUAAACACUUUUCUGAAUAGGUUGCUAGGUUUUCUUUUAAUGUUAGCAACUGUUUUCAACUUGUCUUCAUUGAAAGCAAUGAAUUACUUGAAGGAUUUAUUAUUCAAUAAAACCUUUAAUUCUUAAUAAUGCAUCUUAUAUGUUACCUAUAAAGGACCUAGUCAGCCAUGAUUCCUGUUUUGGCUGAUAUCAACUGUCAUUAUUUCCGGAGAUGUACUUGUCUGGCAAAUGAUUCCAUCUGAGGUUGUGUGUUGAAACUAAAACAUUUACAGGAUGAAAGACACAUAAUACCUGUCCAAAAGCACACAACAGACUGUUAACUCCACUUAAACAUUUAUUAUUUGAUGUUGAAAUUUUCCUCACCAAAUAAUAAAUGUUGAAGUGAAGUUAACUCAAUAAUAUAUUAAAAAUUUGGUAAAAAAAACCCCAAAAAACAGUAGGUUCAUAGCAAGCAAAAUUCUUAGUCUUAUUUAAAAUCUAUUGUUGAAGUUAUUUCACUUCACUCAAGCUAUUAAUGCAAUUUAAAAAGUAAUGAGCAUCACAAUUUUUCUUAUAAACACAAGGGUUUUUUACCUUAAAAGUUUUUUUAAAUGUAUCUUUUGAGCAGGAAUUAGUAGUUUGAAUUGCUUCUUCUCAUUCCUUAUUUCACUUCAACAAAAAUUGUUGUUUCUAAAGUU